AUGGCGACGAUCAGCUUGCGAAAGGGAAACACAAGGCUACCACCAGAGGUCAACAGGGUUCUCUACGUACGCAACUUACCUUUUAACAUCACAAGUGAGGAGAUGUACGAUAUCUUCGGCAAGUACGGCGCAAUACGUCAGAUUCGUAUCGGCACCAACAAGGACACUCGCGGCACCGCCUUCGUCGUCUACGAAGACAUCUACGACGCGAAGACCGCCGUCGACCACCUGUCUGGUUUCAACGUUGCCAAUCGAUACCUGAUUGUGCUGUAUUAUCAACAGGCGAAAAUGAGUAAGAAGUUCGAUCAAAAGAAGAAGGAAGAGGAGCUUACGAAGUUGCAGGAGAAGUAUGGUGUCACUGCCAAAGAUCUCCAGUGA